AUGCCGAAGAACAAGGGUAAGGGAGGCAAGAACCGCAAGAGGGGCAAGAACGAGGCCGACGACGACAAGCGCGAGCUGGUGUUCAAGGAGGACGGGCAGGAGUACGCGCAGGUGACGCGGAUGCUCGGCAACGGCCGCUGCGAGGCCAUAUGCGUCGACGGCACCAAGCGCCUCUGCCACAUCCGGGGCAAGAUGCACAAGAAGGUCUGGAUCGCCGCCGGGGACAUCGUCCUCGUCGGCCUCCGCGACUACCAGGACGACAAGGCCGACGUCAUCCUCAAGUACAUGAACGACGAGGCCCGCCUGCUCAAGGCCUAUGGGGAGCUCCCCGACACGCUCCGCCUCAACGAGGGCGUCGACGUCGACGGCCCCGAGGAGGGCGAGGGCGACAGCGACUACAUCCAAUUCGAGGACGAGGACAUCGACAAGAUCUAA